UGUCAAGCUGUGUGGUAACCCUGACUGGAGAACAGACACCACCACUUCAGGAGCCUCGUGUCGGGAGAGAGGUAUCCGUGAAGGAGUAUCUCAACAUAGGACUCCAGCAACAUGGCUACCUGUGUGCUCCUCUUGGGCAUCCUCUUGCUGCUGCUGCCCACGCCCGUCCCUGCCCCCUGCCGCACUGCCGCCCGCUCUGAGUGCCGACGUGUUCGCAAGUUCGUGCCUGGCUCAUGGCUGGCGGGGGAGGGCGUGGAUGUGACCAGCCUCCAGCGCUCAGGCUCCUUCCCGGUGGACACACAGCACUUUCUGCGGCCCGAUGGCACCUGCACCCUCUGCCACAACGCCCUGCAGCGGGGCGCCCUCCAACGCCUGCCCCUGGCACUUACCGACUGGCGGGCCCAGGGCUCAGGCUGCCAGCGCCAUGUGGUCAGAGCCAAGCUCAGCUCCACAGAAGCCGUGGCUAAGAAUGCGGCCGGCAGCAUCCGCAACGACUGGCAGGUGGGGCUGGAGGUAAAUCCCAAGCCCAGCAGCAGUGCUCGCGUGGCAGUGGCAGGCUCGCAUUCCAAGGCGGCAGAUUUCGCCGCCCAGAAAACCCACCAGGACCAGUACAGCUUCAGCACUGACUUGGUGGAGUGUCGCUUCUAUAGUUUUCACCUGGUACACUCUCCCCCACUCCACCCCAAUUUCAAGAAGGCUGUCAGGGCCCUGCCCCCCGACUUCAACACCUCCACAGAGUCUGACUACUUCAGGCUCAUCUCCAAUUAUGGUACCCAUUUCAUCCGCUCCAUGGAACUGGGCGGCCAGAUCUCGGCCCUUACCGCCCUGCGUACCUGCGAGAUGGCCCUGGAAGGGCUCACAGCUGACGAGGUGGGAGACUGCCUGGCCGUCGAGGCUGAGGUCAGCAUAGGUGGCCUUGCCAGCUCCUCAUCGAAAAUCAAGGCCUGUGAGGAGAAGAAGAAGCAGCUCAAGAUGACAGACUCCUUCCACCAGGCCUACCGGGAACGCUACUCCGAAGUAGUAGGCGGUCACCACACCUCCGUGCAUGACCUGUUGUUCGGGAACCACGCUGGGCCUGAGCAGUUCUCAGCCUGGGUGGCCUCGCUGCAGGACAGCCCCAGCCUAGUGGACUACACUCUAGAGCCUCUGCAUGUGCUCUUGGAGAGCCAGGACCCACGGCGGGAGGCACUGAGGCAAGCCGUGAGCAAGUAUGUGAUGCGCAGGGCACGCUGGAGGGACUGCAGCCGGCCCUGCCCUCCAGGGCAGCAGAAGAGCCCCCACGACCCCUGCCAGUGUGUGUGCCAUGGCUCAGGGGCCACCGACAAGGACUGCUGUCCCCGGAAGAGGGGCUUGGCCGAGCUGGAGGUUAUGAACUUCCAGGCCAGUGGUCUGUGGGGAGACAUAUUCACUGCCACAGACGCCUAUGUGAAGGUCUUCUUUGGAGGCCAGGAACGGAGGACGGGCACAGUGUGGAAUAACAACCACCCCCGGUGGGUGACAACGCUGGACUUCGGGGACGUGCUCCUGGCCACAGGGGGGCCCCUGAGGGUGCAGGUCUGGGACGCAGACAAUGGCUGGGACGAUGACCUCCUCGGCACCUGUGACCGGACUCCACAGUCUGGCUUACAAAAUGUGGAGUGUAACCUGAAUCACGGUCACCUGAGAUUCUCCUACCGUGCCAAAUGCUUGCCUCAUCUGACAGGGAAAGCCUGCCUGCAGUACGCCCCCCAAGGGCUUCUGGGGGAGCCUCCGGGAAACCGGAGUGGAGCAGUGUGGUGAGAACAGUGGGUCUUGCGAGGACCAGUAUGCUCAGACUGAAGGGGUUCUCACAGCGUGGACCAGGGCCCGUCUGUCUUCAUAUCCCCAUUAGACUGAUGGGAAACUGAGGCUUUUCAUCUCAGUGAGGUGGUUGAAUUUAUAGGCCAGCCCUGAGCCUUCCUGUCCAAACUGCCUCGGCUCUCAGAUAUUCUCAAGCCCAGAAAUUAAGCUUAGGCCAACAGGCUAAUGACACCAGGCUGCUUGGUGUCAUUCAAGACUUUCCCUUGCAGCCUUUUCUAGCGUGGUGAAUUCUUCAUUUUAUUAGACCUAACUCCCAGCUGCUCUGUUUGCGCUGUCUUCUUUGCCCACCAAGCUUUGUCUUCCAGACAAACUAAGAGAUAUCUUGACCUGUCUUGUUGUGUAUACAACCAGAUAGAGGACCAAUAAAUGUGAUGUGAUGGCAAUCGUGAUGGUGGUAGUUGUGGCAGAGGA